CCCUAGCCAAGGGCCCUGCUGUACUGCCCAGUGUAUUUUCAAACUGAAGACCGACAAGUGCCGAAAUGAUUCUGACUGUGCAAAAGAAGGAAUGUGUAAUGGUGUCAGUGCUCUCUGUCCAGCAUCUGAGCCUAAACCAAACUUCACAGAUUGCAACAGGCACACACAAGUUUGCAUAAAGGGGCAAUGUGCUGGCUCUAUCUGUGAGAAGUAUGGCUUGGAGGAAUGUACAUGUGCUAGUUCAGAUGGCAAGGAUGAUAGAGAAUUGUGUCAUGUCUGCUGCAUGAGAAAAAUGGACCCAACUACUUGUGCAAGUACAGGCUCUAAGCAGUGGGAGAAACACUUUGGUCGUAAAACUAUUACUUUGCAACCUGGAUCUCCUUGUAAUGAUUUCAAAGGCUACUGUGAUGUGUUUAUGAGGUGCCGGCUAGUAGAUGCUGAUGGCCCUCUAGCUAGAUUAAAGAAAGCAAUUUUUAAUCCGGAGCUAUAUGAAAAUAUUGCAGAAUGGAUUGUGGCUUAUUGGUGGGCAGUGUUGCUUAUGGGAAUUGCCUUGAUCAUGUUAAUGGCUGGUUUCAUUAAGAUAUGCAGUGUUCAUACUCCAAGCAGUAAUCCAAAGUUGCCUCCUCAUAAACCACUUCCAGGCACUUUAAAAAGGAGGAGACCACCACAAACCACUCAGCCACCACAGCGGCAAAGGCCCCGAGAGAGUUAUCAGAUGGGACAUAUGAGACGUUAACUGCAGCUUUUUGCCUUGGUUCUUCCUAGUGCCUACAAUGGGAAAACUCACUCCAAAGAAAACCUAAUGAGUCAUUGUCCCUGGUCUAACUCUCAAAAAUUGAAGAGAGGAAAAAAAAAAAGCAAAGCAUUAUAUGCCCUCAAAAGAAGUGGAAGAGGUUAAAUUUUAAUGAACAAAUCUUCCAACUCAAAAUGAAGAGAAGUGUUUUUCUUGCAUAUUUUUAAUUUAGUGGCACGAAAUCCUAGAGUAUCAUGAUUCUCUCCCCCUUCUGUGCUCUUCAUUGCUGCAUUUUCUCCACUUGCAGGCAAAUAUGGCUGUAUUAAAACUUUUACUCAAGAAUUGAAAAAAUAUAUAUUUUUCAACUGCCAGACAAGGCUAGGAAGGUAGGCCACCUCAGCAUUGGAGACAUUACUUGUCAAUGUAUAUACAUUGUUAUAUGCAGACAUGUAUUUCUAACGUACACCCGUACUUGUGUGCAAUUGUAAACAAGAAAAUUGCAAUAUGGAUGUUUCUUUGUAUUAUAAAACUUUUCUGCUAUUAAUGAAGAAAUUACUGUUUAAUUGACAUACUCAGGAUAACAGAGGAUGAUGGUGUGUAAUGGUCAAGGAUCCUGUGAUGCUUUACACAGCAAUUUUGAAUCAAAUCAAACUUUUUUUUAUCAUGAUCAAAGUUGUUUGAACCACCCAUUUCAUCUUUAUCAAACAGCUGCUAAGACAUAGCAUACAAGAUUGAAUGGUCUUUUAGAGAUAACAGGUGUUCUGCAAACUUUACAAAUGCCAGAAUGUUUAAAAAAUGUUUUAUAUAAGUGUCUGAUUUCUUGUAGCUCAGCAUAAAUAUUUUUGUCUGAUUAUUCAGUUGAAUAAUGAGUAGUUCGAUGAAAUAUUUCCAUGCUUUAUGUAGAAAAUUCUGCCUGUUAUUGAACUUGUUUUAAAAAUUGCAACCAGUUUAUUUGGGCUGUUCAGAUAUUUUUACAGUAUGUUAAUUAAGUUUGUGUUCUGAGGGAUGCGUAAAGAAAGAAAAGCUGUAGGUUUUUUAUUUUAUUUUUUAAUUUAUCAGAUAUUUUGAUAACCUUUCAGCAUGAUACUGUUGAUUGAUAACCACUAAAGUAGAGUGAUUUGCCCAGCUACUGUGGCAGAGUUAAAAUUGUAGUUAGGACUACCAAUUUUCCCACAUUUUAUAACAGUAGUGAAGUUCAACAGCACAAUGUCCCAUUCCAAAGUUUUUAUUACAAAUGUAAAUAAUUGGCAUUUUUGAAAGAGGAAACAAAAGAUGUCUUAAGGUUCUUACUGCUAUUCAGGAGAUGAAAGGGGGCAUUACAUAAUGUUUAAGCUUGUGAUCUAUUUAUUGCUUGUUUUCCAAAAGCACCAAGCUAAUUGGAGACGCAAAAGGUUAUAAUUUUCCUGGCUUUGCUUAGGAGAUAAUUUACUAAGGGUUGGUCAGGCUUCCUUUGUUUGUUUUUUGUUUUUGUUUUGUUUAAGAGUAUAAGGUUUACACAAUCAUUCUCAUAAUGUGACGCAAGCCAGCAAGGCCAAAAAUGUUACAGAAUAUAAUGGGAUCUCUUCCUUGUAAACUUGUACAGUAUGUGGUAACUUUUUCAAAAUACAGCUUUUUGUACAUGGUUUAGAGACAAAUUUUGUACAUGAAACCCCAAGUCUGAUAGACUAUAUAAAUAAUUCUAAAUGAUCUUAACUAGUUAGAAGUGUAUGUAGUUGCUUUUAAGUCAUUUUAAAUACAUUCGUUUUAAGACUGUGCAAAGAUUGGAAGUGGGUUUGCAUAUCUAAAAUGGUGACUUUUAUUCAGCAAGAGUUCUUAGUAACUUCUUGAGUGUGGUAGACUUUGGAACAUGUAAAUUUUUUGCCUGUAAUGUUAUCCUGUGGUAGGAUUUUGGCAGACAAAUGCUGCCCUAUUUUAUUUUGAGUCUAAGUUAAAUGUUUUCUGAAAACAGAAAUGUGCACUGAACUCUCCACUACAAGUCAAGAUGUGGUAAAACCGAAAGAAAGUUCAAGACAAUGAAAUGGAAUACUACUGUCGAUUUCAUGUCCACUGUGUUUUAUACAGUAUCUUUUUUGUUCACUUUGGAAAUUUUUACUAAAAAAAUGCAAAAAAUAAAGUAUUGUGCAAAGAUAUGUAAGGUUUUUUGAAACUUGAAAUGCAUUAAUAAAUAGACUUGACAAAA